AUGCUACCAGGAGACUUUGAAGCAGAGGAAUUCCUGGUGAUUGGCCCCUCAGACCCGAUUAUUGCCAUCGUGGGAAGCGACAUCAUACUGCCCUGCUGUGUGUACCCGGUCAUGAAUGUAGAGAACAUGGAACUGAGGUGGUUCCGCUCCAAGUUCUCCAAAGCUGUGUUCAUCUACCAAAACCCUCAGGAGGAUAUGGAGGAGCAGAUGGAUCAGUACAUGGGGCGGACCUCCCUGGAUACGGACCUCCAUUCCCAGGGGGAGGCUGCCUUGCGCAUCCACAAAAUCCAGGCUGCAGACAAUGGAAAGUACACCUGCUUCUUCAGAAAGGAAAACUUCUAUGAGGAGGCUGGUUUGGAGCUGAAGGUGGCAGGUGUGGGCUCUGCCCCUCAAGUGCACAUCACAGGGCCAGAGGAGGACGGGGUCUGCGUGGUGUGCAGGGCGGCGGGCUGGUUCCCCAAGCCCCAGGUGAAGUGGCAAGACCCCAGCGGGGGGAAGUUUCUGGCCUUCUCAGAGACCCAGGCCCUGGACGCUGAGGGGCUGUUCAGCGUGGAGGCGGCGCUGGCGGUGAGAGACAGCGCUGUGGGGAACGUGACCUGCUCCAUCCUCAACCCCAUCCUGGACCAGGAGAAGGUCAUGGCCAUUUUCAUCCCAGGCGGGCUCUGCUGCCUUCUCCUGUAUCAGAGGAAGGCUGAGUACUUGGCUGCCUGGAGGAAGGCCCAGCUGUACGCAGGAUUCUUGUGA